AUUGUUAACGUAAUUAAUGAAUGAAUUAAUGAAAAUGAAAACAAAAAUCAAUUCAAGAAUUGAAUCAAAAAAGUGAAGAAAUGCCGAAAAAUAGCCACAAAUUUCACGAAAAUGAGAAGGUCCUCUGUUUUCACGGACCACUUCUUUAUGAAGCAAAGGUUCAGAAAAGUCAAGAAAUGGAGAGCAAAGAGACCAAAGAAAGACUUGUCCACUAUUUUGUCCAUUACUUGGGAUGGAGUAAGAAUUGGGAUGAAUGGGUUCCUGAGGACAGAGUCUGUAAAGUAAACGAUACUUCACUACAAAAGCAAAAGGAAUUAACCGACGCACAGAAUAAAAGUAAUAAAAAUAAAGCCAUGAAAAAGAAGUCAAUGGACCUGAAAGAGAAAGAGGCGAUGCCUUUGAAUGUAUCGAUUAGUGCAGACAAACCGAAACCAAAACCAGCGACUGUUCCGACGAGUCCUACCAUUAGUUCGGAAACGAAAGAAAACACAAUUGUUGUGAAAGAAGUGGAGGGACAGAGAAAGAAGAGGAUUAGAUUGGAAACAACCAUCGAUUCUGCAGAUCUCAUUGCAAACAAGGGUCAAGACAUAGAAAUCAAGAUUCCAGACGUAUUGAAGCAGUUUUUGGUCGACGAUUGCGAUUUCAUGAAUCAGAAGAAAUUGGUUCGUUUGCCCGCAAAAGUGUCCGUCAAUAGGAUUAUUGAAGAUUAUGUUAAACAUAGACUCAACACAAAACUUAGUCCCUCUAAAGAAAGUGCUGUUAAAGAAGCGGUCGAAGCAUACAAAGUAUACUUUAACGCAUCGCUUAGCAGUUAUUUGUUGUAUAGUUUUGAAAGAAAUCAAUUCAAGGAUUUGAUUAAAGAAUCGGACGACGACUCAAAAAGUGUUCACUUGAUUUCAGAACACAUUCACGACUUUCUCAAAUAUUUAGAGCGCAAUCCAUCCCUAUUCACACCCAAUGAAUACGAGUCCGCGUCAGCCGAUUAUCUUAAGAAGUUGUCGUGAAUGCUGUUUACCAUUAAAUCACACUUUAUAUUAAUUUUUAACUAAUUUAAUCUCAAAUCGUGGUAUCAUUUAAUUGAGUUGUUUUUGAAAUCAUUUUGAAAUAAAUUGAUAAAUACUUUUGAAGAUUAA